UAUCUUUCAAUAUCCCACUCUCUCUCUCUUUUAAAUCACCUAUCGGUCAAAUGUUGUUAUCAUAACCUAAACCAGCAAAGUUUUUCUGUUAUCUUUGACCAUAACUUUAUCAUUUAUGAAUCAAAAAAUAUGAAACUUGGAAAUCUAAUAGCUCACUUUCUUCUCUAUCCAAUGGUACCAAAUUUAUCCAGAAAGGCUCUUCCUUCCCUGAGUUAUACUCUCCAAAGUCCCCCUCACUCACCUUCACCCACUAACAGUUUGCCUGCGAAUAAAUGGGUCACUUCUUCUCCCUUCUCAUUGACCAAUAUCUCUCCGAUUCUCAAUUUUUUCUCUUAUUUUUUGGCCUUUUUUCAAAGAAAAGUGCUAAAACGAUGAAAAA